CUUCUAGUAAGUCAUCAAUACAAGCUUAUAACUCUCCACAUAUAUUUUGCGAUCAGAUAACUAAUUAAUCGAAAGAUGGACGGAAAAACUUUGAUUCUUAGUGUGCUCGUAAUGACUCUGUUCAUGGCACAAAUUCAAGUUGAGGCAAAGAGCUGCUGUCCUUCCUCCACAGCUAGAAAUAUCUAUAAUACUUGCCGUUUAGUGGGAGGUUCCAGGGAAAGAUGUGCAGUCCUCGGUGGCUGUAAAAUCGUUAAUGGGAAAUGUCCUAACGGAUAUACGAAGGACAUUCUCGAUAACACAGUUGAUGUUGUCAAUGAAUAUUGUAAGAUUGGGUGUGCAUCCUCUGUCUGCAGUGCUUUAACCACUCUCCAGUACUCAGAUGCAAGUGAAAUCGUAAAUGGAGCUGUUGAAAAAUGUGUCAUAGCAUGUUCUACGGUCUGCACCAAAGGCUCGAUGAAUGCAGUUGAAACUGCCUAGACAACCAUAUCCAUGAAGAUACCACGUACAUCUCAAGGCUAUGGGGGUAGUCAUACUUUGCAAUGUUGCUUUUCAUGUUUUCAAUAAUUUUUGUAUGUGACAAAAAAAUGUAGAAGGUUAUCGAUCCCUAGAUUGUAUAUGCCUUCUAUUUUCUAUUUAAAAAAAUAAAUAUUUGGUCUCCUGGAUUCCUGGAUUGUUGUAUGUGACAAAAAAAUAUAGAAGGUUGUCGAUUCCUGGAUUGUCUAUGCCUUCUAUUUUCUAUCUUAAAAAUAAAUAUUUGGUCUUCUUCUUUCUA